AUGCAAGACUAGAGGAAGCAACUUACGUUUUGGAGACGACUUCUUCAACAAGGCCGGCGUCUUGAUGGAGACAGGACCAAGAAGACCGAGCGGGAGGAAUCGUUAGAGAUUUUUAGCCUAUAUAUAGGCGUCCCAACUUCGAGUUGUUUGUGACCAAAUCGAGAGAGAGAGAGAGUAACUCAGCAUGGAUCCGAGACUAGAGGAAGCAGCUUAUGCGGGAGACCUCACUUUGUUGCGGCGUUUGCUACAAGAAGACCGGCUCCUGCUCCAUAGGCAAACCAUCGCCGUGGCUCACCUGUCGGACAGCCCCCUCCACAUCGCUGCAUCGCUCGGCCACUCCGACCUGGUCCGGGAGAUCCUCGCCGUAAACCCGGAGCUCGCGCAUGGCCGCAACCGCGAAGGCCUUUCCGCAUUGCACCUGGCCGCUGCCCAAGGCCACUUAUCCGUGGUGAACGAACUGCUGCAGUACGCAGCCGCUGCCAAUCUCUGCUUGGCGACCGACAACGAUGGCUUCAUGCCCGCCCACACUGCAGCCUUACGAGGCAAGCUUGAUGCUUUGACUGUGUUACUGGAUGCGUGCCCGGAGUCCUCGCGAGCUGUGACAUCGCAAGGUGAUUCCAUCCUUCAUCUUACUGUGAAAUCAAACAGCUUCGAGACCGUGCAGUUCUUGCUGAACAGAACGAAUGAGAACGAUGAACUACUCAACUCUGGAGAUGCGAAAGGCAACACCGUCCUGCACCUUGCUGUGGCCAGAAAACAGCUCCAAACCGUGAAGUUGCUUCUGGGAAGGCGAGGUAUCGAAGUUAACGCCACAAACAUGAGAGGCGACACCGUCCUUGAUAUGCUACUGGAUUCACCCUUCCAACAUGGAGAUCUAUUGUUGGGAGAACUGAUUCGGGCAGCAGGUGGAAGAACCGCCGCAGAAGAAGAAGGGAAGACUCAGCCGAAAUCGUCACCGAGUGAUGCCAGAGCCUCUACCACUGUCGCGUCACACAGAAGCCGACCAAAUCAUUCUGAACCUAAAGAAAAGUACAACAACAAACCAGAAACACUAAUGGUGGUGGCGACGUUGAUCGCCACCAUCACAUUCACAGCUGGGCUGAACCCCCCUGGUGGGUUUAAGCAGAAAGAUGAUGGUGGGCCGACUCCCCCCAAUGCAGAAGUCAACUUUGAUGGGAGUUCAAGUGAAGGGGAGGCAGUUCUAAAAUAUGAUCUCAAGUUAUUCCUACUGUUCGACAUGUUCGGGUUGUUUGCAUCCUUGAGCAUCAUCCUCUUGUUGAUAUGUUGUGUGCCCAGACAGACUAAAAUGGUGACGGGAAUCCUAAAGUGGAUUCUAUGGCUGGCGGUGUUCUCGACGGCAUUAGCAUUCUCGACCGCCAUUGUGCGAAUAUUUUCCUAUCAGCCCUACACUGUCAUCCUUCUCAUGAGUUGGUUCGGAAUUCUCAGUCUCUUCAUGAUUUGGGUGUGCUUUAGAGCGAUCAGAGGCUUGUUGCGCAAAGGUGGAUGCUGGAAGAAGAAAGAUGGAGAAGGAGAAAGUCAGGGAGGCCCCACAAGGGCCGUUGCCAUCCGCACGAAGAUUGUGGUGGGCGCGUUGAUGAUAAUUAUUUUUGGAGUAGUUCUUAUUGUAAAUUAUUUAGUGUUUGUUUAUAUAUUAAAUAUGCCAAAUAAUAGAAUAAUAUGAUCUAUCAUUAUUCUUAUA